AUGCACAAUCACAAGAGCGGAAUUGAAAGGCGCGCUGCAAGGCCUGCAACUUGCUUGGAGUCAAGGUCAUAG